GCGUGGUGCUGCUUGCCUCUUAGUUUGAAACACUUUCUCGCUGGACAUAUGCUGUGUUCAUCUGUGUUGAGUCGUCGUGAAUGCGGACGUUUUCUAGAUUUGUCGAUCCAAAAGUGUAGUAUUACAUCUGGCAAGGGCGAUGCUGUGAGAGCCAGUGCCAGGAGCAUUGACUCAGCUGGUCUGGGGUCAGUUGGAGAGCUUGAGCAGGAGGUAGCAUGGAACAGGCCCACAGCCUGCUGCUGAACGAGGAUGUAUGCAGUCGACUGGGAGAGGAUCAGAGGGCUGAGUUUGUGUUCAAGUGGCUGCGCUUCCUAAAGAAGCUGCUUCCUGCCAUAGAUCGUGCGGAUUUGAAGCAGAACCAGAAGCGGCUGGUGGAGCAACUGCUGGCUGUUCUGACGGCCUCCCCUGGUCCAUCCACACGGUUGCUGCUGGCCUACUGCCUGGCUCAGCUCUAUUGGGUGGGCGACUCCUUCACCUCCAGCCUUACUGUGGAUCGCUGCAAUGACAUCAUCCGUAGCAGGGAUGACUCUCCCAGCUUCCUCCCUACUCGACUGGCGGCCGUCGCCUGCCUGGGUGCCAUGUUUGAGCAGCUGGGCCGUCUCCUUAUCAGCGCCUUCAAAGAGACAGUGGCAAAUCUUUUAAAAGCCUUGAAGAGUGCAGAGUCUCAGGGGCGCUAUGAGAUCAUGCUAUGUAUAGAGAAGAUUCUGAAGGGUUUGGGGGUGAGCGCACUACCCUGCCACAGAGACAUCUAUAAAGCCACGCGUGCCUGCCUUACUGAUCGCUCCACAGCUGUUCGCUGUGCUGCCGCAAAGUGCCUGUUGGAACUGCAGAGAGAGGCAGUGUUCCUCUGGUCCACAGAGUUGGAGAACGUGGCCUCACUCUGUUUCAGGGCAUUCGAGGGAUCCAACUAUGAUGUCCGCAUUGCUGUCUCUAAACUGCUGGGCACUUUGAUAGCCUCUGCGCUGGAGCCCAGACAAGCUAUAGCCCCCAGGCCAGGCUCCAGGCGGAGCAGCCUGGAGGAGAUGAUGGAGCUGCUGGCUAGAGGCUUCCUGCGUGGUGGAGCAGGCUUCCUGCGGGCCAGCAGUGACAUGCUGAAGGGCGCGAGUCCCGUGAGCCGAGAUGUGCGCGUGGGCAUCACACAGGCAUGUGUAGUGUUUAUGUGCACUCUGCGUGGGGUGUGGCUUGAGGCACAUUUUUCCUCACUCCUGCCUCUCCUCAUGGAGCUGGUGUCGCACCCACGGGUCACCCAAAGCCCAUCUGAUGCCAUCUGUUGCCGCCGCUGUGUCUCCUUUAUCAUGCGUGCAUCUGUGGGUGGCCUCCUGGGAGAGAAGGCUCAGAUAGCAGUCGCCAAGGAGAUAUGCUUGGUCAUCAGAGAGCAAAAGAGGACUAUCGAUGCAGCUUUGUGCGAGGGGAAUGUGGAGACGCGCGUGAGCAGUCUGGAUAUGGCAGCCAGUCAGCAUGUGCUGGUGUGUUCCCUCCUGGAACUGGCCAGCAUCCUCCAGGCGCUGUGUUCUGCCGCUGCACCACUGCUACAUGACGGCAGCACAGGAAUGCUGGAUACUGUGAUCUCAGUGCUUCUUCACCCCAGUGUGUCUGCCCAACUGGCGGCUGCCUGGUGCUUGCGCUGUGUUGCUGUAGCAGUCCCUGCUCAGGCAGCCGUGUUACUGGACCGCUGUUCAGAGCGACUUGGUGCACUGAAGUCCUGCCCUGAGGCCGUGGCUGGGUACAGCGCAGCUGUCGCUGCCCUGCUGGGUGCUGUGCAGCACUGCCCACUGGGAAUACCUCAUGCCAAAGGCAAGGUGGUGAUGGGCCUGGCUGAAGAUCUACUACGCUCUGCUGCCCAGAACAGUCGGAUCUCCAUCCAGCGUGCUCACGGAGGCUGGCUAUUGCUCAGUGCUCUGAUAACCCUAGGGCCAACCGUAGUGGAGAACCACCUUCCCAGAAUGCUGUUACUGUGGAGAUGUGCCUUCCCUCAGUCCAUUAAGGAGCUGGAGAGUGAGCUGAGACGUGGAGAUGCUUUCACCUGGCAGGUGACCCUGGAGGGGCGCUCUGGAGCACUGUAUGCAAUGAAAAAUCUGGCGAUGUACUGCAGAGAUCUCCUAAGUGACGAGGUCAUUAGUCGACUGCUUCCUCUCCUGUCUUGUGCUGUGGCCCUGCUGACUCAAUUGCCCUCUCUUGUCAAAUCAUAUGGUCACCAGAUUAAAAAUGCUCUCACGGUUUUCCGACUGAGAGUGUAUGAGAUCCUUGCACUUUUACCACCCAAGAGCUAUGAAGAGAAUCUUGGCACGGUGUUGAAACAACUGCUGAUGGACCUGACGGGCACUGAGAGCACUGCAUGUAAUGAGCUGAACCUGCUGCCCCCUCUGUGCCACAGCCAGGACCUGGCACUGCUAGGCCCUGCUCUGCAUGACAUGGACCAGCACUACAUAGAAGAGGAGUUACAUGGAGGCAGCAGUAUAGGAGAAGGGAGCUUGGAGUAUGACCCUUUCACCAUCUGUGAGAAAGGUCAGGAGGUACCUGCACCACUUCCUCCGGCUACCGCACUGAUUGCCGCCGCUGUCCGGCUAUUUGCAGUCAUUUUCCCCCAACUGGCUGCCCAGCAAAGGUCUCAGGUCUUGGGGCAGUUCUGUGAGUGUGUGAAGCAGCUGAAAGGUGCUCGUCAGCAGGCAGUUCACAUCAACGUGUCAGCAGCUUUUUGCUGCGCUCUAAAGUGUGUAACGUUAGGUCGUGAUACACUGGCUCCAGAGGAGGUGCACAAGCCAGGGCUGUCCCUCCUGAUGGGAGCACUGGAGAGCUGUAACCCUCUUCUGCGCUGUGCAGCUGCUGAAGGUUUAGCCCGACUAGCACAGGCCCUUAAUGAUCCCAGCUUCACUGUUUCCCUUUUCCUGAUGAGCUUUGACAAGCUGAAGGCAGCCAGAGAUGCCAUCAUGCGCAUGGGCCAUGCCCUGGCUCUAGGGGCUCUCUACCGCUACCUGGGGGGGAUCAGCUCCCCGCAGCACCUCAGUGCCUGCGUAGGAGUUCUCUUCACGCUUUCACAGGACAGUACCUCGCCUGAGGUCCAGACAUGGGCUCUCCAUUCAUUGUCCAUGGUGGUUGAUCUGGCAGGGCCUCUGUACCACAGUCAUGUGGAGGCCAGCCUACCUCUGGUGUUGCGGCUGCUUCUCUCCACACCACAUACACACGUGGAGGUGCAGCAGAGCCUGGGCCGCUGUCUCAACGCCCUCAUCACAUCACUGGGCCCUGACCUACAAGGUGAGGAUGUGGGUGUGUGUGCACUGCGGACCUCCUGCUUAGUGGGCUGUGCUGUGAUGCAGGACAGCCCGGACUGCCUGGUGCAGGCCCAAGCCAUUGGGUGCCUGCAGCAGCUGCACAUGUUCUCAGCUCAACAUGUCAACCUGGCUAGCCUGGUACCCAGCCUCUGUGGCAUCUUGUUGGAAUAUUCUGUGUUGGUAAACCUGUGCAGCACAUACCUUUCACUGCGACGGGCUGUGGUGGCGUGCUUAAUGCAGCUGGCCCAGCGGGAGGCCAUGGAGGUGUCUGCGCACGCUGUGGCCCUGGUGAAGGAGCUUCCUCGUAGAGACAACACCCAGCUAGAUGUGACCAUUAAAGAGGUGGGUCUGGAGGGAGCUCUGUUUAGCCUGCUGGACCAGGAGUCAGACCUGCGGCUCCAGCAGGAUAUCCAGGAGACGCUGGUCCAUGUAAUGGCCUCUGCUGCUGCUAGCGAGCUGGCCCACUGGUUAAAGCUCUGCAAGGAUGUGCUUUCUGCCUCUUCAGACUCUGCAGGGGCAGCCCAGAUGGAGAUCAACCAGGAGGAGGAUGCCGAUUGGUGUGACGACUCCUCUGCCUUCCGUGCCAAGUGUGAAUCCAGCGGGCCUUUCCAUAGCCUUCGCUGGUCGACACGCGUCUUUGCUGUUGAGUGUGUGUGCCGCUUGGUGGCGCAGUGUGAGAGUGGAGACCCAGCUCACUUUGAUAUGGCACUGGCCCAGGAGCAACGCCUUCAUGGGUCCACAGAUUUCCUGGUCCUGCACUUGGCUGAGCUGGUGCGCAUGGCCUUUAUGGCAGCUACAGACCACAGUGAGCAACUCCGUCUGGCUGGCUUGGAAAUGCUAUAUGUCAUUAUCCGCAAAUUUGCAAGCGUUCCAGAACCCGAGUUCCCUGGGCAUGUCAUUCUGGAGCAGUACCAAGCCAACGUUGGAGCUGCUCUACGACCUGCAUUUAGUGCAGAUGCCCCUCCUGAUGUUACUGCCAAAGCCUGUCAGGUUUGCAGUGCUUGGAUCACCAGUGGGGUUGUGAGUGAUCUCAGCGAUCUGAGCAGGGUGCACGCUCUCCUGGCAUCCUCGCUGCUCAAGGUCCAGGCCGGACGGGACGUGCCAAAUCCACUUUACAAUGAGAGCACGUUCACCAUGGAGACGCUGGCUGUACUCAAAGCCUGGGCAGAGGUAUACAUUGUGGCAGUGCAGAGUACUGUGCAGCAGGAGAACCCUGCUGGGUGGCAGGAGCAGCAGCAGGAGUGGGGUGAGGAGCCCAGAGGCGCAGGGGGACCGACGGGAGCCGGGCUGCUGAAGCUGGUUCAGGGGGAUCUGGCCACACUCAGCCGUCUGUGGCUGGCCGUGCUGCAGGACCAUGCGCUGCUCACCCUUCCCCCGCACUACGCCAACCAGCUCCCUGUCACAGGAGGCUCAUUCUACACUGCAGAGACGGUGGAUCAGGUCCGGCAGCAUUACUGUGGAGCCUGGGCUCCAAUCCUCCAUGCCACCGCCCUCUGGCUCAAAAGCACGGAGUUUAUCAUGGUGGAUGAGGGACCGGCCAACCUGUCCAGACCUGUCACCCCUACCUCCAUGGGCCAGUCCACGGCACUGGCCAGUGUCAAGUCUCCAGAGGACAUCAGCACAGAGCGGUUGCAUCUGAUCCUGGGAAUCACUGUGGCGUUCCUGUGCUCACCCCAUUCUCAGAACCAAAUGGAGAACAUCACCUCAUGCCUUCAUGCUCUGCAGGCCUUACUUGAUGUGCCUUGGCCCCGUUCAAAAGUGGGCAAUGACCAGGCACUGAGUGUGGAGCUCCUCAGUGUGCUGCACAGGCUAAUUGUGACACGUGAAUCCCCUGGCAUCCAGCAGGAUGUGCUUGAACUUGUGCGGCGGGUAGUGUAUGCUGCUCAGGAGCACAUCAAAGAGAAACGCCACAGUGCCGAGGUGGACGACGGCGCGGCUGAAAAGGAGACAGUGCCGGAGUUUGGAGAGGGCCGUGACACAGGUGGCCUGGUGCCAGGGAAGUCCCUUGUCUUCGGUGCGCUGGAGCUGUGUCUCUGCACGUUGGUCCGGAGGCUUCCGCGGCUCAGUCCACAGCUAGCAGGCAACCCCACUGAUCAGGGGGGCCUGGUAUGCACCUUCAGUGACGUUGACUGCAGGCUGAUUACCUCAGCUUUGGGGAUCCUCUCAGACCUUCCUUCUAUCUGCUCACCUGAGGGCAGUGUGUCUGUGUUACCCACGGUGCUAUACCUGCUGCUGGGGGUGCUCAGAGAGCUGGUGCGGGGGGGCGGUGCGGGGGAAGCAGUGCUGGCGCCCAGUGCUCUGCAGGCACUACGCACUGUCGUCUCCUCACCCAUGAGCAGAGCAGAGAAGAGCCGUGCCGCUUGGGUUGGCCUGCUGCGCUCCGCCCUCACCACGCUGCUGGAGUGCUGGGAUUCAGAUAACACAGUUCAUGGUGUGGGUGAGGUCAUCUUACUGACAGCGCUCACCAUCUUCCUGCUGUGUGUCAGUGCUGAGGUCACCACCGUAGAGCCACUGCGGUCACGAUGCAUCGGCAAAUUUCAAGCCUGCCUGGAGUCUAAGGACCCCAUGGUGCUGAGCCGGAGUUGCCAGUUGCUGGUGUCUGUGUUCCAGGGCCCGGCUGCAGUGGCCGGCCUGUUCAUCCAGGCGCUGGGCACUCGGCUGGUGGCUCUCCUGCAGCAGGUGGAGAAGAGUCGGCCCCAGAGCGCCGCUGAGCUCCAGGCAGCACUGGAUGGAGUCAGGGCUGUGGAGGCCCUAGUGUUUGCUGCAGAGGAAACCCACCGUGCCCCACUAGUAGCUGUGCUGUUGCACAUCCUGAUCUCCUUCUUGUUGGAUGAAAACACUUUAUCGUCAGCGCCUGUAGCCUCCCGCUCUCUGCACGAGUAUGCCCUGCAAGACCUGAUGCGCCUCGGGCCCCAGCAUUCUUCUGUCUUCAGAGCACUCAUGGCCUCUGCCCCGCACCUAAAGGCCCGGCUGGAGGCUGCAAUUAAAGGAGACCAGGAGAGCGUGAGCGCCAAGGCUACACCACCUCAGGUCUCUGGCAAAAAAAAACCCAGUAUCCAACUGAAGAGCCACUUCCUGUGAAUCCAGGGCAGUGUUAUGACGCAAAGCUUUUACAAACACACAAAAAAAGUUAUUUUAAUUGAUCAUGUUUUAAGGUUCUAGUCAACUGAUACAGCAGUCACAUGUUAGUUUUCAUUUUAAAACUUUAUUAACCUCUAUGAGGAGCUUAAUCAAAAUAAAUGUAAUGAAGGUUUAUUGGUAAGGAUUGUCAGCCUACAAAAGGUAAGAUAAUGAGUAACUGCAUGUGAGUGCAUGAAGGAGAUACUCUCUGAAAACGUAGGACAUUUUGUUUUGUCUUUUUAGUGGCUUUCUUCAUUUUAUUUUUAAUAUCUGAAUACAUUAAUACUUACUUAAACAAAUCAAUUUCUCAUACCUGGAAGGAUGUGCAUUCUUGUUUUAACAAAGAACAUCCUAACCCUAGGUUUGGAAGUACCUAUGCAUUGUACAUUUUGGUGUUUUACUGCCUGAACAUGCCAUUUUUCAAAUGGUAAUGGGCUUCUUGUUUAGUGAUGAGUUGCAUUAGCUAUUUGGAGCAGGGAGAUUCAGGAUUAGAAUUCCCUGUUCUACAUGGAGGAAAAUAAAGGAAGUCUGCCUAACAAGCUAGCUCACCUUUGUCAGCACUACCAAAUAGACUGCCUCACUGGGAACUGGUGUAUGAUUUUUUUUUUUACAUUUUUUUGACAUAGUACAUGUAACUUACUACUGUUACUAUUAUGCAGUCUUUUUUUAAGGUAACUAAAGACCCAGGUACAGUGCAAUUGUAACUAAAGGAGCUAAAAGAAUUAAAUAUAAAGUUAACUAGCCCUUGCUGUGUAUGCACAAGAAAAUAAUAAAUGCCUGAUAUGUGCAUGUUGUGUUGCUCUAUUAACUCCACGUCUAGUGGUCACCACUGAUUUUUGUGAUGCAACUGCUGUGUGUGAAGUGAAAAGUGAGGGUAAACUGUUCUUUCAGUACUUUAAUGGUGCGUGGAAAUCUGAUCACAUAUUUUUCACUGCUGAUUGAUGGCUAUUAAAGUGUAAGAUAAUAGAUGCAUGAAAGGCAAGAAUAAACAUUUUUAAUUGA